AUGUUUGAUCUUAAUGUUCCAUGGCCUGUGAGCAACUAUAAUGUUAAGCCCACGCCUCAACAACUCACUCAGUUGAUCAAUACCAUUGCUACGCUCUAUACUCUAGGUUAUCGCUAUGUUGCAAUAAAUUUCACUCUAGAUGAGAAAAUCAAAUUACCCAAUGGCCCUAUUAACCCUAUAGAUAUACAAUUAUUAAGGGCAAGAUUGAGCAAAUAUGAAGGUCUCAAACUCUUCACAAGAUUAACCCUUAUAAUCCAUGAUCCUUCACAAUGUCAAGGACUUGCAAAGCUCCAGAGUUGCUUUGAUAUCUUAGCAGUGAAUCCUAUAACUGAAAAGGCCCUUCAAUUGGCUACUAGCAAUCUUGACAUAGAUUUGGUAUCUUUGAACUUUGGUAGUAGAUUGCCUUAUUUUCUUAAACAUAAGACUGUUGGAAGUGCCAUAGAAAAGGGCAUACUUUUCGAGAUUUGUUAUUCUUAUGUCAUCUCUGGUCCUGCUGGUUAUACAUUAUCUCAAUCUAAUGAUAGUCUCAAUUUAGCAUCCUCGGCUUUACUAAUACGUAAGAAUUUCUUCAAUAACGUAUUACAAUUGAUAAGAGCUUCAAGAUCAAGAGGGUUGGUUAUAAGUAGCGGAGCUACUCAACCUCUACAAGCCAGAAAUUCAGUUGACGUUAUAACAUUAAUGAAGACAUUAGGAAUGGAUCACGGAAGAGCAAAGCAUUUCAUGACCAAGAACCCAGAGAAUGCUCUUAGAAACGGUCGUCUCAGAAUAAAGAGCAAUAAGCAAACUGUGAUCAUAGAUAAUAGAGGAGAUGUUCUAAUUGAUAAUCAAUUUGAAGACCCUUUAAAGAAAGGUGAUACAAACGCUUAUAAGAAGAAGUUAGAUGAUACUUCAAGUGGAAGAUUACUAAAGAAACACAAGCCUAAUUAG